CAGAGAUUUCUUUUCCGAAUUCUCACGCUCACAGGAAAAAGCAAAUCUCGGAAAAUCAAUUCCUUCUUCUUCGCUUGAUCUAUACCUAUUGAGAGAGAGAGACAAAGAGAAGAGAAGAGGAAUGGCUGAGAAACCCCAACCAGUUCAAGUUCUGUACUGUCGUGUUUGUACUCUACCCGCUGAGUACUGCGAAUUUGGUCCCGAUUUCGAGAAAUGCAAACCCUGGUUGAUCGCCAACGCCCCUGACCUCUAUCCCAAUCUCCUUCAAGAGGGAAAUGAGAAAGAUGUGGAGAAGGUGUCUGAACAGCUUCAAUCGGCUGGACUGUCUUCUGGUGGUCGCACUGGAGCUCAUCCUUCUGGGGAACCGUCAUCAUCUAAGCAAGAAGAAGUUAAACGCCUUCCUGGUGGAAAAGUAAAGAAGAAAGACAAGCAAGAAGUUGUUAUUGAAAAGAUUACACGUAACAAGCGCAAAUGUAUCACUAUUGUGAAAGGACUGGACCUCUUUGGUAUCAAACUUAGUGAUGCUUCAAAAAAGCUUGGGAAAAAGUUUGCCACUGGAGCAUCUGUUGUCAAGGGGCCAACUGAGAAGGAGCAAAUUGAUGUGCAAGGAGAUAUCUUUAUGGACAUCGUGGAGUUCAUCACAGAAACUUGGCCUGAUGUGCCAGAAACUGCUAUAUACUUCAUCGAGGAUGGAAGGAAGCUUCCAGCUGCUUGAUUCUAAAAUUUGCAAAUGGAAACUGGUGCUGAUUUUUGGACGUCUAUCAGCAGAAAGAAUAGCUAAUACCAUAUCAGGAAAAGGCUUAGAGUUUUUGCUUUCCUUUUCAAAAGAAUUCAAUUAUUGAUAUUAGGGCUUUAGAUAUGAAAUCUAAAGUCCAGUGAUUCUCUACCUUCGUUUGUCUUGGUUUAUUGUGUUAUAUAGACAGUGUCCUUUCUGCUGAAAUGCUAAAGGGCCCUAAUGAAAUAUGAGCAUUUCUAGUCUGGUGUAGUCCUGAAGUUUCUGCUCUAUUAUGCCAUUUCUAGUUUGUGAAAGUAAGCUUUGAAGCCAGUUUGGUGUUAGCUUUAGUA